GGCGUUGCUGAACGUUAUGGAGGAUUCCAAAGUACAAAAGCUGGAAAUGGCGAUCGCUAUGGCGCAACACCACGACGGUAUCACCGGCACGAGUAGCAGCGAGGUGGUCGCCGACUUCACCCACCGCAUCAGCGCAGCCCUGGACGGCUGCGAGGAAAUCGUCGCCAAGGCCAUCGAUAACUUGGCCACCAUAACAACGAACCGGGUGCUCUUCCCAAAGUUCUGCCGGAAACUCAACCAGAGCGAAUGUCCACCCUCGGAGAGCCUCGAGAGGUUCUACGUGUCGGUGUACAACCCCCAGAGCAUCAUGGUGAAGACCCAAGUCCGGUUUCCCGUCGCCACAAGCGGUUACAGGGUAGUCAACGACCAAAAAGCCUUUGUCCCUUCAGAGAUAAUUCCGAUCCAGCACGCGCUGUUCCACAUUCCCGAGAGGAACAGCACAUCGUUCCACGACCUCGUGUUCCUCGCCACCGUGCCGCCGCUAGGUGUCUCCACCUUCCUCGUACAGCGGUUCCGCGGAGCCACAUUCUUGAGGCAGCAAAUUAAGGCGAGUGAACGAGUACUCUCCGCCGGCACCGACUACGUCCUCAAAAACAAGUGGUACAGCGUGGUGGUGGAUUCCAGCAGCUGCCUGCUGAAGAAGGUAUCGCUAUUGGGCCAGAACGAACACGUGACCCUGGAGCAGUCGUUCGCCGGUUACAGCUCCGAGUACGGCCACGUCCUCUUCGCGCCCAAGGAAGCCGAGGCCGAGGAGUUCCGCGCAAACGCCACCUGCCGUCUCGUAACGAGUACCAUCGUGCAGGAGGUGCACCAGUGGUUCACUCCAUGGCUGAGCCAGGUGAUCAGGCUCUACGUCGAUCAGGAUUACAUCGAGUUCGACUGGAUCGUCGGACCCAUUCCCACCACGCCCCCGUCCAAGCUUGGUUACGACGUGGUGACGCGCUUCAAGUCCAACCUGACCAACUACGGAGUCUUCUACACGGACUCUAACGGCAAGCAGACAAUGCCGCGAGCUGCCAACGCGACAAGACCAUGGGACGUAAGCGACAAGAACAAGCGCGAGCGUCAGCUGGUACAGUCCAACUACUACCCCGUCGUGUCCUGGAUCUAUGUACGCGACAGGAAGGAGCAGCUCCAGAUGAGCGUGUUGCCAGACCGGCCGCAAGGGGGCACCGCCUACCAUCCCGGUACCAUCGAGCUCAUGAUUCACCGGCGGUUCAUGGGCCACGACAGCAAAGGAGUCAUGCAGUCUCUCAACGACCUGGGCGUCGACAGAAAAGGCCUGGUGGUGCGCGGUCGCCACCUGCUCCACCUGGGUCGCAUGGACGUGGCUGCGGUGCGCGUACGACAGCUGGCCAACGCACUCGUCAUGGCGCCCGUUCUCGCCUUCUCCGAGGGAAUCUCGCCGCAGACGCGCACGCUCGAGACGCGCAAUUUCCGCGGCCUGGGAGCUGCUCUGCCGCGCGGCGUGCAACUGCUCACCCUGCAACAGCACGAACCCAAGAGAGUGCUCUUCCGGCUGGAGUACAUGCAACCAGCCAUCGUGCCCCGCGAGACCCCCGUGGCAGACGUGGCCGUACCCUUACACGCCCUGAUGUCCACCUACCAGACGACCAACGUGCGCGAGGUGACCCUGACGGCGAGCCAGUGGCUGGACGAGCAGCCCGAGCAGUUCGAGUGGAACGUGACGGUGGCCAGUGGACGGCGACGCGGAUACUCGCCUCGGCGAAGCGGGGACGCCUUCGACCGCGACAAGGGCGCCAUCGUCAAGGCUCACAUGGCCGUCGGAGAGAUACGCACCUUCGUCGCCGACCUGGUGUUGCCCAAGUAGA